AUGGGGAAGAAGGGGGAGGAGGAUCCAUCUUCUUCUUCUUCUUCUUCUGCUGAUGAGGACAGCAGCAGCGACAGCAGCAGCUCAGGGGAGGAGACAGAAAGAGAAAGAGAAAAACAAAAAACAAAAAAAGAAAAAACAAAAAGGAGACAAACUAAAACCAAAACGCAUGCAAGGGAAAGAGCAGCAAAAAGAAGAAGGGGUGUUAGUGCCUUUCUCGAUGUAGAGGCCCAGGUGGGUGACGAAGAAGAAGAAGAAGAAGCGGAUGACUUUAUAGAUCCUAGCGAGGCUCAGGAGGCUUCUCGUUGGGCAGCAAAAGCAGCAGAAGUUCGGCGUAUAUCUCAGCAGCAGCAGCAGCAGCAGCAGCAGCAGCAGCAGCAGCAGCAGGAAAACGCAUGCAAGAGAAAGAGCAGCAAAAAGAAGAAGGGGUGUAUAUGCCGAGGAGUAGUGUAUGUAUUUAGUUUAGGGUUUAGGGUGGGUGACGAAGAAGAAGAAGAAGAAGCGGAUGACUUUAUAGAUCCAAGCGAGGCUCAGGAGGCUUCUCGUUGGGCAGCAAAAGCAGCAGAAGUUCGGCGUAUAUCUCAGCAGCAGCUGCAGCAGCAGCAGCAGCAGCAGCAGCAGCAGCAGCAGCAGCAGCAGCAGCAGGACUGGGGGAGAAGGGGGGGCUCAGCACACCUUGUCUCCGCCAUAGAUUCUCUCACCAGAAGAUACCAACACCAAUCUUUUGAGGAAGGAGAAGAAGAAGAAGAAGAAUUCGAUGAUGCUGAUACUCUUGAUUGUACGAGGGUUUAG